AUGGGAAACUCCCAGACCAAGGAAUCCCGCUCCGCAGUCCCAUCGCGUCAUCGAAGUCAACAAUUGUCGCCCGGUGCUUCCGAUGGCUCAAGUCGCCCUUAUCAUGGCUCCCGGUCAGCCAGAGGUAGUCGGCCGGACCUUUCCAUCCUCGGCAUCGGCAGCAGUCAUGAUCGCGAUGGGGCAGCGCCAGAACACAGGCGGGAGACAAAGCAGGAGCGUGAGGCUCGACGCUUAGAAAAGGAGCGGGUCGCUCGUUUGAAGGAAAGAGAACGCAGCAUGAAGGAGGAGCAUGUGGAUGGGGGCUAUUUGGUCACCCAGGGCGUCUACGUAGGGACAGAAGACUACAGUAAACCCGUCGUGCGGCAGUUGAUGAUCGAACGCCGCCUAGCUCCUUUCUGGCGGGGUCUAGAUGACUUCUCGGAGUCAUGGGCCGAGCAUCAACUUAUGGCGGCUGCGCGGGGAAUGACUAUCCCUCCGCCCGAUGAAAUACCGCCCGAGCUGGAGUAUAAAUUACCUAGGUCGGGGGAUCAACCAUCUCUCGAUGCGACCAAUAUUCAGCACCUCACAGUGCCGAUCGGGUCCAGAUCGCAAUCCUUGAACUCCGACGCUUCUCAGAAUUCCAAUCCUCCUCAAUCGCUUCCCUCUUCAUCCCCAAUUGCAUCUGGAACCUCAACAUCACCACUUUUCCGAACCCGAGCGAAGACGCUCGCGGGACUGACCACUUCCAAGCAUAGUUCGCAGACGGAUUUGUCCCCGCGAGAACUCCAACUUCCCAAAGACCCAUUUGUGAAUGGCCAGCCCAUCGAAGUCAACCUGUACAAAGACGCGAGCGAAUGUCCUAUCUGCUUCCUCUACUAUCCGCCGUACCUCAAUCGUACCCGAUGCUGCGACCAACCGAUCUGUUCUGAAUGCUUCGUUCAAAUCAAGCGUCCCGACCCGCAUCCUCCAGAGCACGCAGAACCCAAUGCGAAUGCCACUCCAGCCGAGGGCGAGCAAAUAGAAGCAACGGAGUCGCAAUUGGUUUCCGAGCCGUCUGCGUGUCCUUUCUGUGUUCAGCCCGAGUUUGGAGUGACCUAUGCGCCACCCACGUUCCGCCGGGGCCUGACUUAUGCGGCUGACCCGAGUGCCCGACUCUCGCCCAACUUCACCUCCCCCGUAUCAUCCACGUCCUCGCUGGGCCUGUCAACUGUUGUGCCUGGGCGCCGCCGUGCCACGUCACUGUCUGCCACCGACCCUACUGUGGUGACGACGGACAAAAUUCGACCUGAUUGGGCCACCAAGUUGUCAAAUGCCCGAGCCCAUGCAGCCCGUCGGUCUGCGGCAGCCACCGCCUUGCACACUGCUGCCUAUCUCAUUAACCCUGCCUCCGGUAAUGACUCCCGAGGGUUUGGUAUCGGGCGGCGCGGAAUACGUAGAGCCACUGGCGGAGAGGGGCACAGCGGCCGGACCGCUUCACCCGCCCUCAACGCGUUGGCUUUCUUGACUGAGCGCACCGGUUCCGAUCGCACGCCUCCCCGAGGAGCCGCCCAAGAUACCGACUCUGCCUCUGCUGAAGAAGGAUCCGGUAACCUGCCAGCUCCGCGAUCAAGCUCAAGGCGUACCCGGAUUGAUGAUCUCGAGGAAAUGAUGAUGAUGGAAGCUAUUCGGCUGAGCUUAGCUAGCGAAGAUGAACGUCUCAGGCGAGAGGAGAAGGAGGCGCGGAAAGAGGCCAAGAAGAGAGAAAAGGAGAAGGAGAAGGAGGCCAAGAAGGCAGACAAAGUGGCUCGCAAGAAUGGAUUGUACAGCAACAACGCUAGUACCUCCGCCUUGGAUGUGCCUGGCGAGCCCAAUCUAGGUAAGGUGACCAGUAACUCGUCCUCCGUCAUUGGCGAGGAUCCCAUUGGGGAAGAGCUCGCUGCUGGCGGCAAGGGCAAGGGUGUCGAUCGUGCGCCGUCGACCGAGAAUUUGGGAUCCAAUAGCCUUGACCCUGCCUCUGCAGCGACACUGGCCGAUCAGCCCGAGCCUUCGCGACAAUCUCAACUACGCCAAGUCUCCAGUGCGUCCUCGUCGUUUUCGUCACUCAUGGAAACUACCCCGGAUGAACGUACCGGCCACUCUGCAGAAGGUAGUACCAACUCGGAGCCCAUGUUCAAUUUCCGCAGUUUGGCCGCCGUUAUUGGCGACGAGGAGAAGGGUGAUGAAUCUACUGAGCACGUCGAGGAUGCUUCACAUAAGUUGCAGUGUGAAGGAUCCUCUUCCAGCGCUACUCCGUCGGUUCAUCAGCCUUCUACGGAGACCUCUGAAGUCCCGCCUAUCGUUGAGUCCCGUACAGAUGCACGUGACGGUGCAGGCAGUCUUCCUAAAGAACUCGAAACUCGCUCUGUUGAGAUCACCAGUUCGCCCACACAUCCGGAGGUUUGA